AUGUCCCGCAGUCCUAGCGCUUCUUCGCAAUCGACCGAUAUCACCGAGCCCUCUUUUCAGGGUGACCUCGACAUCAAGCUCGCUGGGCCCAGAUCGACAUUUCAGCGAUGGAGGCCAUCUUACCACCUCCAAGCACCAUCGGGGUGGAUGAAUGAUCCCUGCGCACCUCACUAUGAUCCUUCUACCGACCUAUAUCACAUCUCGUACCAGUCCAGCCUAGAUCUCAACAAUGCAGACUGGGGUGAGAUUGCAUGGCAGUCUGCAUCCUCACCGGACUUGGCCACAUGGAUACCUAAUCACUCCCUUCCAUUGAGCCCAGACACAGACUACGAUGGCAAGGGCGUCUUCACAGGCUGCAACGUGCCUACUCGAGACGGCUCGUUGACCUAUGUCUACACUUCCGUCAGCGAUCUCCCCAUCCACCACACAUUACCGCACGUUGUGGGAAGCGAAUCUCUGAGCAUGGCAAAAUCAUUUGAUGGAGGUCGUACGUGGCAAAAGUUUGCAGGCAAUCCCAUCUUGCCUAGCGAGCCAAGUGGUGUGGAGGUGACUGGCUGGCGGGAUCCUUUUGUGAGCACUUGGCCUUCCAUGGCAAGAGCCCUUGGUCUAGACUCAGACAACACUCUUUUCGGAAUCAUCUCAGGAGGCAUUCGAGAUGUCACGCCCACAACCUUCCUGUACAGCAUGGAUGCGAAUGACCUUACAAGCUGGCACUACAUCGGCCCUCUGGUAAACUUUGGCCUGAAUCUUCGCCCGUCAAAGUGGUCAGGCGAUCUAGGAAAGAAUUGGGAAGUCACAAACUUCCUCACCCUUCAAGAUGCUGCAGAUCCAUCUGUAGUCCGCGAUUUUCUCGUCAUGGGUACUGAAGGAUGUUUGCCGAGUGCAUCCGGUCCUGCAGGACCUUUGAGUACUGCCACAGGUCCAACUCGUCCACUCCGUGGUCAACUAUGGAUGUCGGGCUCAAUCNNAAAAACAGAGCCAAAUGCUGUCCAGAUGGGUUAUGGAUUUGGCGGAUAUAUGGAUCACGGUUGCCUGUACGCCGCGAACUCAUUCUUCGACCCCAAGACCUCCAAGCACAUUGUCUGGGGCUGGAUCACAGAGGAAGACUUGUGCGACGAACUCCGUCGUGAACAGGGUUGGAGCGGUCUCCUCUCCUUGCCCCGAGAGGUCAGUCUCCAGACGAUUGAAAAUGUUGUCUGCGCGAGGCACUCGAAUCUGGAGACAAUCACAUCGAUCGAGACUGAGCUCAAUUCAGACGGCAAUUAUACUGUGCGAACCUUGGUAACAGAACCUGUGACCUCGGUUGUCGAGCAGUUGCGAUCCAAGGCUUCUGUACAAAGAGCCAGACUCAGCCAGCCUCUACCACGCAGAAAGUCUUAUGGCCUGGCCUUCACAUCGGAUGAUGUGCAGACAUCAGCAUGGGAGCUGGAUUGUUCCUUCGCGGUUUCCGCUUCUUGUGAAGAGAUCGGUCUACAGAUUGUGCAUACUAGAGCCUUCUCGCCGAAGACCGAAACAUUCACCGUCGAACGUCCUUCUUUUUCCUCAGCUUCAUGUGAGGGGUUGGUCAACACAGCCUCCGAGUAUGCUCCACAUACACUAUUCACUGCCAUCAACGCGUCAAAAGACAGCCCGCCGGUCGAAGAGCUUCUUCAUAUUCGAGUCUGGCGCGACAACUCAGUACUGGAGGUCUUCGUCAAUGGUCGUACGGCGAUCUCGACAAGACUUUAUGCCGCCGAGAACACAGUNGGGGUACGAUUCUACGCUGAGGAUAAUACCGUAUUGGGCAGCAGGAGCCAUUCGCCUUCAGUUGGCCGUACUGGCAACUCGCAGCUGAUGUUUGCGACACUCUGGGAUGGAAUCGGGGUUUGA